UAUCAUCCAACUCAAGUGAACUUUGACCCUCUGGAUCUACUGUACUACACUGAGGAAUAACAGCAGCGAGAAAAACUGUUCAAAUGUUUCCUCUUUUAGCUAGAUGACAUUUGCUGUUGAUAUGAGGGCCUGUGGAUAAAUGAGUUAAAGUUUUACAACAUUUGGGGAAGAUGACGCAGAACAUGUUUCAGGAGGGGCUGUACCAGGUGUUUUUUAAGGAGACACCCUCAACCCCCCCACUGACCCAGGUUACCAAUCAUGGGGAGCUAAUCAAUGUCAGGAUUCAUCGUUGGUUUGGGACUGUGGUUAAUACCAGACUUUUAGUCACUGGGGUGGUGCAGAUACUCAGUGCCUUAGCUUGCAUACUAACCACAGUCACCCAUGCAUGUGUGAGCUACAACUGCUCUUUCUCCCUGACAACACCAGUGUGGUCAAGCCUUUUUUAUGUGGCUGCUGGGUGUCUGGCAAUGGAGGUUCAGAGGAAAGCUAAUAAAUUAAAGAUCAUCGCUCUGAUGGGUCUGAACCUCUUUAGUCUACUGUUUGGCUUCUCUGCUCUCCUGGUUAACAGCCUCACGUCUACACAGCCAGUCGCACUCAACACAAUCCAACUGCGUGCUGGUUCAUAUGUUGCAAAGGGGAGCUCUAUAGCAUUUACUGUACUGUGUUUUCUGGCGUCAGUCUACAUACUUUUCCUGUCCUGGAGAGGCCUACAUCGCUACAGUCCUCCCCAUACUCAGGCCUACAGCCGCCUCUCACAGGAUCCAGAUGAAACCAACGGGCCUCUACUGGAACAAGUAGAAUUCAGUCUGUGAAAGUCAAAGACCUGAAAAGGUGUUUCAGUUACUGUUGUUGAUCAGCGGCUGUAUGGUUGGUAUCAACAGUUUAUGCAAGUCUCAUGGAGGAAAUUGUUUUAGAUAUUGUGAAAUUACUCAGUAUCACUUCUCCUUUAGGAUUCCCCAAAACUUAAAAACCCCAAAGUCAAAAAUACUUACUAUGGCCGCAGUUCUGAUCAUAGACUCUGGAGUCCAAUCAUAUCAAUCCGCAGAAUGAAGUCCUGUGGCAAAAACCCCCGCUUUAGAAUAAUUUUUAAAUCAAUUACUUCAAUAUUUGAUGUGAAAUUAUUGAUUUCUUUAGUAAUGCAGGACCCCUACGUGAACGGAGUGGUGUAGAAUUACACCCUGAAAAGUACAUUCUCCCUCACACAUUUUCCCUCUUACCUGUAGUGCUAUUUAUCCAUCUAGAUUAUUUUGGUGUGAGUUGCCGAGUUUUGGAGAUAUCGGCUGUAGACAUGUCUGCAUUUUUGGAAUAUAAUGGAACUAGAUGGCACUUGGCUUGUGGUGCUCAAAGCGCCAAACAAACACAUUUGGAAAAACUCAACAGCAAUGUCUCUUUCCAGUAAUCAUGACCCGGUCACUCAAGAUAAUCUACAGAUUUGUUGUGAGCAGUUUAACUAGAUGGAUAAACAGCACUACAGGUAAGAGGAAAAAUAUGUAUUUUUGAUUUUUGGGUGAAGUGUCCCCUUAAAGCCUAAAAAAAAUAAGCAGCAUGUUAAACGAGUAAGGGUGUAUAUAACACACCGCAAUGACUCAUUAAAUUAAACUAAACUAAAUAUAUGCAUGUUUUCACAGUUGAGCAAUCUCAUUAUGUUACAGAUUAUUGUUAAAACUGAUUAUAGUUUUCUUCAUUUUCUCAGAUGCUGCCCUUUGGUCAACACUAGAGGGCAGCAUUGCCACUGCUUUGACAUAUUGUACAGUCUGAUCCACAAGUCAACAUCUUUAGUGUAAAAAUAGAGGAUGAAAUUGUUUCACUUCAGAUGCCAAAUAUAAAGCUUAGAAUCAGCAAGUGUUGUCUGGUGACUGCACACCAAAGACUAGGUGCUGGUCAUGAUAAUGACAUGUAUUGAAGAGAAGAUGACAUGAUUUUAUUACUAAUGUUUCGGCCACACUUGGUUUUCCUCAAGGAAAGUUCAAUACCAGUGUCAGAUAUAGCCUUAUACAUAUACGUUCCACACCUGGUGGUAAUCCACAACCAGUGACAUCAUCAACAAGUUACAAGGGUUCGCCUAAGUUCAUCACAAUCAUUGAACAUUAGAAAAAGUUAUGAGAAUACAUCAACAUUUCUAUCCAUAUAUAUAUUUACCAAGACAUCAUAACCACUAAAACUUCUGGAGUAUGCCCCAAAAAUGUUCAGAUGUCUCAAUAACCCAGCUUAAAGAGGACAAUCUAAAGGAAGGGCUACAAAGAAAUGGACACAUGGGCCUGUGUCCAUUUAGCCAGUACAAAACAUUUAUAGUAAGUGGCCCAAGUCUGAACAACUGAAUAAUAUAGAUAUAUAAGAUGUAGUACAAACAACAUUACAAGAUACUUUCAUCAAUAGGGAAAAAAGACAAGUCUAUAAGACUAUCUAUUACAAAACACAUAAGCAGACCUAUCUGAGUACAUACUGUAUCUGAUGUUAACUUAUAAUUAUUAACCAUUGCUAUGAGGAUAUAUAUACAUCAGGUGUGGGAUUUAUAUAUAUGCUGUAUAUAUAUAUAUAUAUAUAUAUAUAUAUAUAUAUAUAUAUAUAUAUAUAUAUAUAUAUAUAUAAGGCUAUAUCUGACACCUUUAUUGUACUUCCCUUGAGAAAGGCCUAGUGUGGUUGAAAUGUUGGUAAUAAAAUUAUGGGAGCUUGGUCAUCUUCUCUUCAAUACAUUGUCAGGAGCAGGGGGCCUCUUGUUGUGUGAGAAUAACAAUAUGAUCUGAUGAUUGUGAAUCCACUGUUUUAAUCUAAUGAUCGCUAUGUGUAAAUAAAUGUUCUGUUUUAGUAAGCU